UGCCCAGAACACACAGGAGCUGGCUGGGGACACUGACCAGAGCCGGAGCUGUAGUCGCCUGGUAGGGAGAGGCCCAGCCUGGCAUUGGGGAAAACUGAGGCAGGGGUGUGGCCUUGGAGACUGAUGGUCAGGGCUGGGCCUACCUGGACCAGGGUGCUGUCCUCCAGCUGGGUCCGCUAUGGUUGCUGGUGUCUGGGUGGGAGUCUGACCUGGGGACUUAGGGCUGAUGCUGGGGGCCUCAGUCCUGCCGUCUGACUACCUCCGUGAACACACCAGGCCUGUUGCCUGCGAGAGCAUGAGUGAACAGGAGAAGGAAAUGGAGGAGGAGGAGGGAGGCAGCACUUCGGACACAGCCCCCAUGCUGCCGGAAAGGGUUCCUGACGGCCAGGCCUCAGCCUUGAUGUCCCCACGGUGGGUAGGCCUGGUGGUCCGAGGCCUUGGGACCCUACUGCUGCCUGGCCAGGCCCUGGCUGGACUCCUGCUGCACCUGCUGCUGCCUGCAGCCGUGUUCCUGCUGGCCCUUCUGCCAGCAGCUGCCAUCGUGUACCUGGGAUUCCUGUGCCACUCGAGGGUUCACCCGGCGCCCCGCCCCGCGUGCCGCGCACUGCUCUCGGACAGAGGCGCCGCGGCGCUCAUCGUUCUCGGAUUCCUUUCGCUGCCUCCGCUGCUCGUGCUUGCCUCGGCCGCCCGCAGCCGCCUGGCCCGGCGUCUCCGCCCGCUGCUACCGCCCCCAACUUGGACCCCUGGAUCCCGCCGCCACCCGGGGUCCAGCGACCGUGGGCGGGCGGGACGCCACACCGACGGGGAAGAGCAGUUCUGUGCCUGGGUGUGACCCCCCCGCCCAGAGGCCUCUCCAAAGGACACGACCUCCGAAUCCCGCGAGGCACCCGAACUCCUCCCCCCGUGACCCUCAUAAGGCGGCCCCAGGCCGGCAAGCUCGGGGUCUGCGUCCAGGAUCCGUCCUCGGAAAUCGCGGGCAUCCCACGGGGCCUCGUGCGCAGUGCUUCGAGUGGCCGCGAGAUGGCACCUGACUUCCCGGAACCCAGGCCCGCCCUUCCCCAAGGUGUCCCCACCCCCGCAGUCCCCUCUGACGCGGAGAGGCUGGGAAGCCUGGAGAGAGGAGGGAGAUGCCUCUCAGAGAAGGGGCGCAUGGCCAGGCUCAGAGAAAGGUGGCCUUCCUGGCUUUUGUCACUGGCUGCCCUGGGCUCCUGCUCCCUCCCAAAGGGCAGCCCUUAGGGCCCCAAGUCUGGUCGGUCAGCGGGCCUCCAGAGGGUUCCAGAAGUGGUGAGACUUGCCUGGGAGGCUUCCACAACCGGCCCAAGAACACGGUUCCAGAAGCUUAGCGAUGGCCAGCAGCCCCAAGGCUUGCAGGGCUCAGCCUGAGAUGGCGGUCAGGGUUAGCGUUUAGAUAGGUGCCAGAUUAAGAAAGCUGUCUGUUCUUUCUGGAUAAUUUUAAGGUCUUUGUCUUUUGCAAUCUUUGGCAUUAGCAUGUUUCUAGUCGUGGAUAUGUUCUUACUUGUCCAUUCGGUAUACACUGUGUUUCUUGUUCCUACAGAUUCAUAUCUUUCAUCAGUUCUGGAGACUUCUCAACCGUUUUCUAGGUCUCCAAGUCUGCCUCCUGGUUCACUGUACCUAGUCUUUCUGGGGACACCUUUCU